CCUUCAACACCAACCACCUCUCUCUCUCUCUCUCUCUCUCUUCAAUGGAGGCCUCAUGGGAAGCCAGCGUCACCGAUUCAAUCAACACCAUAUACCUCCUUUUCUCCGCCUACCUAGUCUUCGUAAUGCAGCUCGGCUUCGCCAUGCUCUGUGCCGGCUCUGUCCGAGCCAAGAACGCCAUGAACAUAAUGCUCACCAACGUUGUUGACGCCGUUGUCGGCAGCAUCUCCUACUACCUCUUCGGCUUCGCUUUCGCUUUCGGCGACGGCUCCAGUUCCAACCCAUUCAUUGGCACUGAAUUUUUUGCUCUCAAAGACAUCCCCAAUAGUUCAUAUGACUACAGUUACUUUCUCUACCAAUGGGCUUUCGCUAUCGCUGUCUCUGGCAUCACUAGCGGCUCGAUAGCCGAGCGAACCCAGUUCAGCGCCUACCUCGUUUUCUCAUUUUUUUUAACGGGGUUCGUUUACCCGGUGGUGGUUCACUGGGUUUGGUCAUCGAGUGGCUGGCUUAGUCCGAGCUCAACUAGUUUGAUUUUUAGUUCGGGUGCAAUUGACUUUGCUGGGAGUGGAGUGGUGCAUUUAGUGGGUGGAAUUGCUGGGCUUUGGGGCUCAUUGAUAGAAGGCCCAAGGGUGGGCCGGUUCGAUGCCUUUGGCAAGCCCGUGCCAAUGCGAGGCCACAAUGCAACUCUUGUGGUGCUAGGGACCUUCUUGUUGUGGUUUGGGUGGUUCGGGUUCAAUCCAGGUUCGUUCGACAAAAUUCUUGUUGCGUACCCUGACACAUCCAAUCAAGGAAACUGGACCGGAAUUGGCCGAACAGCGGUCACGACCGCACUUGCCGGUUCAACAGCCGGACUCGUAACACUAUUCGGCCGACGGUUACUAGUGGGCCACUGGGAUGCAUUAGAUGUGUGCAAUGGGCUUCUUGGUGGGUUUGUCGCGAUCACAUCAGGCUGCGCAGUGGUGGAACCAUGGGCUGCCAUUGUAUGCGGGUUUUUUUCGGCGUGGGUAUUGAUUGGGCUGAAUAUCUUGGCCCUGAAACUGAAAUUUGAUGACCCCUUAGAGGCAACCCAAUUACAUGGUGGGUGUGGGGCUUGGGGUCUGCUUUUUACAGGCCUGUUUGCAAAAGAGGAAUUCAUUGUUCAGGCCUAUAAUUCGGGUGAGACUGGAGUGGUUCGACCCUAUGGGCUUUUAUUGGGUGGGGGAUGGGGCCUACUAGGAGCCCAAGUGAUUGAGGUAUUGGUUAUUGUGGGCUGGGUUAGUAUAACAAUGGGCCCACUUUUCUAUGCACUACACAGGCUCGAGAUUUUGAGGAUAUCUGUUGAUGAGGAAGUUGCAGGGCUUGACAUCUCUAGCCAUGGAGGUUAUGCCUAUACUGCUCAUCCAGAGGACACCCCACGCUAUUAUGCUGAUUACAUGAGGCUGCAAAACCAAUGAUGAUUCAACCCUUCUCUCUCUCUCUCUCUCUCUCUCUCUCAUUUUUUAUUAUUUUCAUUAUUGUCAUUUUGUGAAGUUCAAAAUUCUUGAAUUUGAUUUUUUUUUUGUUUUUUUGAGAAAGUAGGUUGUAACUCUAAGGUGUGCAAUAAAAUUUCAUUGAUCAUUUUUUUAAUA